UCGCAACUUCGCAAAUCAGUAACUCCCUAAGCAAUGCGAAGAAACGUCGAGAAAAACUAUUUUAUGUAGCCAUAUUUUUAAACAAAAAAUAAAACUAUGGGAAUGACGGAAUGAAUCUUGUAUUUCCGUUUAAAAUGUUCGUUUGUUUUAUGCAGAAAUGGUGAAACUCUUAGCUUUGAGAAACCUGGGACAAAGCCAAUCCAGGCGAACGUUUUGGGGAUGGCUUAACAUGAUCACUAACAAAGUAGAUGAUUCCAGAAUCAAGGAGGUUGGGCCAGAUAGAGCUGCAGCUGAAUGGUUGCUUCGCUGCGGAGCAGGUGUAAGAUGGAAGGAUAGGGACUCGAUCCUUACAGACUACAACAGUUUGCCUCCUGGAGGUUAUAAAAGUUUAUUCAUUGAAGAAAUUGAUGCUACAGGCUCGUGUAUCAUGUCAGUUGGAUUUCCCCACCUGAGAGGACUUAAGCAUGUCAAGAAGCUGAUCCUCCAUCAAUGCAACUAUUUGGACAAUGAGGCUCUUCCUAUGCUUGCUGCAAUCAAAGAUACAUUAGAAGAACUCCAGCUGAGCAGCUGUGGAGACAUUGAUGAUUCAGGAGUUAAAUCCUUGUCACAUCUCUCUAAUUUACGCCAUUUGCUUCUUUAUGAUUUACCAGAAGUUCGUAACAAAGAAGAGUGCGUGCAGUUCUUGCAUUCGGCUCUUCCGCUUUGUGAUGUCGAAUUUCCUUAUGCCAGCGUUAGCGAAAUUAAAAAAGAUUGAACGCUA